CAUUAAAGUUUCCUGACACGUCAUUUUAAAAUUCACUUCUAUACAUUCAUACGUUUGCGGUGUCAUCUGUUGACUGUAAAUUAUAAAAUGACAAAUAAUGUUUUACACAGUGACACCCACUUACACGAAUUUUCAUCUACAACUUAGCAAGCAUCCUAUAAGAUCGUAGGACGAGGUACAAUCUUUCACCAGGAUAAAACAAAAAACGAUAAAUAACACAGAGAGGUUCACCAUGGAUAAAUUAAGGAAAGCACUCAGCGGUGAUGAACAAUGCGACGAAGAAAGCGGAAUCAUAACGCAGGGACAUGUAGAUUUUAUGGUAAUGGAUUCAACGACGCUUAGUUGGUCAACGCGAAUAAAAGGCUUUGCAAUUUGCUUUGUAAUCGGUAUUCUUUGUUCAUUCCUUGGAUCGUUUGCCUUAUUUUUAAGCAACGGACUCACAGUUUUCGCUAUAUUCUACACACUUGGAAAUAUCAUCGCUUUAGCAAGCACUUGUUUUCUUAUGGGGCCAGUUAAUCAAAUUAAAAAAAUGUUUGCUGCUACAAGAGUUAUAGCAACAGUACUCAUGUUUUUCUCCAUUGUAAUGACUUUGACAGCAGCUAUUGCGUUAAAGAAAGCUGGAUUAGCCCUCAUAUUUAUAAUCAUACAGUCACUGGCAAUGACAUGGUACUCCCUUUCAUAUAUACCGCUUGCUCGUGAUGCUGUCAAGAAGACAAUAGGAACGUGCCUUACGUGAACUACAAUUUAUGUGUCCCAAUGUAACAAUAUCAUGAGUAAUAUGCUCAGGUGUGAAAAAUUAUUGUAUGCACAGAUGAUAAAAUGUAAAUGAACUAACCAAUUAUGUGAGCUGCAAAGUGUAUCCCGUAAUUUUGGCAGCUUGACUGUUCGUAUAAAACACCCUGAUAUAUAAGACUUCUUGAUAUAUUUAGGAUUAUCAUAAUAUCUUACCCAUUGUAAAUUAAAUUGAGAAAAGAUUUCUCUUCUUUAGUAUUUCCUCAAAAGCCUGGUUUUCGUUACUCUUGGAUAAUAAUUAUAGACUGCAUUUAUAUACGUAUGGAUUAACUUAAGGUAUCUAGUUUAAUAAACUCAAAUCUAUAAUCUG